UCGCCAUCUGUUGCUAAACAUGGUCGACACUUGGUUCCCGGAGUAAGCAUGGAAGCAAUUAUAGAACCCUUCCGCCGUGCCCACGCAAGCGGGAAUGGAUACGCUGUCUCCGCCCUGCUGAGUCCAGUCGCCCCGCCGGACGACGCUGGCCGACUCUACGACUUUUACCGUGCGUCCAAUGAACAACAGAUCGAGCCUGAGAUCCGCUAUGCCCUCAAAUACAGCAAGAGCAGCAGAAUUUCGCCCGAAGAAAGCAACGCGUGGACCGAUAUAUUUGUGCUCUAUUGGAAGGCCGUUGGCGAAAUACUUGCGGUAGAAGAGGCUACAAACCAGGGACGCCUGGAGGACCGCAUAUGGGUUGCUGUGUACGACGCGUGGAAAGCGCUUACCGACAGCAUUCAAAGAUACGUCUCCAAUGGGACGCUUCCAUUCUGGGCUGUUGUGUGUAUGUAUCAUGCUGCAACAAACCUGAGGAAGUUCGCUAUCAAGGCAGACGAACAGCUAGCGAGCACAAAGGGCAAUGUGACAUUCAAUUCAGGCUUCCAAGACGACGUUGUCGACUCGUUGGCGAAGACGGAGAAGCUUGAGGAAGCAGCGCGGUUGUUCAACAGGAUGUUCGCUUUAUGUCUUGGGGAUCGGAACCCUGACUUAAAUGAGUCCCGCAAAUGGGGCACCUAUUACAUGGCGAACCUCCAAUUCAAGACUUAUUUUAAGCUCAAAACUAUUAACCUAUCAAAGAACGUAGUUAGAUCAAUCGAAGCCCAACCCGACCUCCCACCUCUGCCGUUAUUCCCGAAAGCGCAUCAAGUAACCUACAAAUACUACACAGGCAUUCUAGCCUUCCUACAAGAAGACUAUGCAAAGGCGGAAGUAUUGCUUACCGAAGCGUGGAGCCUCUGCCAUGUCGCAGCUACCAAGAACCAAGAACUCAUCCUCACCUAUCUCAUACCUUGUCGUCUUGUCGCAAAACACAACGUACCCAGCCAAGACCUUCUCGCCCGCUUUCCCGGCCUCCAGAGAAGAUUCGGCCCUCUUGUUAACUGCAUCAAAGGGGGGGACCUCACAGGAUUCGACAAUGCGCUUCUGGCGGGCGAAGAAGAAUUCGUGAAGCGUCGCAUCUACCUUACGCUCGAACGAGGCCGGGACAUCGCAUUACGAAAUCUCUUACGCAAGGUUUUCAUCGCGGGAGGCUUUGAAGAAUUGAAGGAAGGCCAGACCGAGGCGGACAGGAUAAGGAGGACGAGGAUCACACUGGCGGAGUUCGCGGCCGCCUUGAGGAUGGACAUCGGUGGAGAAGGCAGCGGCCAGGUCUUGGAGGACGAUGAAGUCGAGUGCAUGAUCGCAAAUAUGAUUUACAAGGGCCUUAUGAAGGGCUAUAUCUCCAGAGAACAUGCAAUGGUAGUGCUGAACAAGAAGGGUGCCUUCCCGGGAACAGGGGUCUGAUGCCUAAAGUACCUUUCACCCUUCUGCACCCAGCAACUCCUGGACCCACGCCCUGCGGCGUUAUUGGCUGAUAAGCAGCGACGCCCAUCUGCGCUGCAGUCGAGAUGCAUGCAGGUGGUCGGUCGCGAAAGGGACUCCGGCCUUGCCAGAUUAGAGAUGAUAACGAGAAAC